ACAACCCUAUGGAGAAAUAACAUUUUCCCCUCGUGUGUCGCGGGGUAAAGCUGGCUGUAAAGGCAGUGGGAGGCAUGAAGCUCCGAUCGGAUUAUUAUAGAUGGAAAUCCUUCGCCUUCUUCAUAUUUCUUAUCGAUUUAAUCAACUCAUCUUACAAGAAACCGAAUUUUUGUGAUCAAAAGAAUGAUGAGCCAUUUUCUUUCCUUUGGCGAAUAAAGCGUGAUCCACCCUCCUAUUUAUUCGGGACCAUUCACGUUCCAUACACGAAAGUUUGGAACUACAUUCCGGAGAACGCCAAAGAGGCCUUCAUAUCCAGCACACAGGUCUACUUCGAGCUGGAUCUCGUCAACCCCAUGACGGUCUCUGCACUCUCAUCCUGCCAGAUGCUGCCACAGGGAAAGAACCUCUCAGAUGUCCUGCCAGGUGAUUUGUACAGUAGGUUAAAAAAGCAUUUAGAAUACGUUCGUAAAAUGAUGCCACACUGGAUGACAGCGGAUCAGAGAGGAAGAGGCUUGUACGCUGAUUAUCUGUUCAACGCCAUUGCAGGAGAGUGGGAGAGAAAGCGACCAGUGUGGGUGAUGUUGAUGGUGAAUUCCUUGACCGAGAGUGAUGUUCGAUCGAGGGGUGUUCCCGUCCUAGACUUGUACCUCACUCAGGAGGCAGAGAGAAUGAAAAAGAAGACUGCGGCUGUGGAGAGGGUGGAGGAACAGUGUCUUCCUCUCAAUUCACUCAACUUUUCUCAAGUACUGUUUGCUUUGAACCACACCCUCCUCCAGCAUGAAUUGCAUCAGGACGAACCCUCGUACACGACGGACGAUUUGAUCCGCCAUUAUAACUGUGGUGAUUUGAAUGCUGGACAAGACACGGCACCCUUGCCAGCACUUUGCCGACGCAACUCUUCUCUCUCUGAGGAGGAAUUAUCGCUGGCCAAGAACAUUGACCAUUAUUUCAGGCAAGAGCUCAUCUACAGCCGUAACUUGAGGAUGGGGGUGAGGGUGGCCCAUCUCAUACGGCACAAUCCCAACCAGAGCCUCUUCUUCGCUUUCGGAGCAGGUCAUUUUCUAGGGAACAAUACGGUUUUGGAUUUUAUUCAAGCUCAAGGAUUUGAAAUUGAACACGUGUCAGUCAGUGCAAAAAUACCAAAGAGCAAAUCGAAGAAAAGUGUAGAAUCUGAGACAGUAUCUCCCAUUCGAAAAAACCAGGGUCGACGUUCCAACCGAUAUCAUUUUCUGCAAAGAUCUCAGGCUCUGAAGCGGAUAUUGGAAUCUACAACUGCUCCCAUAACCACUACGCAGUCAUCCAGACGAUUCAAUGAGUUAUGGGUCCGUCUCGAUUCGUCUGCCUUCAGCAGAAAGAAAUCUGAUGCAAGUGCUAAUCUCCUUGAGCCUCUACAAGCAUUCCAGCCAUGGAAAGAGAGGAGUUCAUCAUCCGUUAUGUCUUCCGAUCAUCGCUGGGUCACUGCAGUUCUUCUCCUCUUCAGCUUGACCGGCAUCACCUGAGUGACCUGUUUAAAUAUGUUCCAUCUGUACACAUAACAGCUCAUGUCGUUCGCUCUGAAUAUUGAUUUGUUUUAGAGAUGCGUCAUCAUAACAGUUCCAGCUUUUCACGUUCCAAAAAUAACAGUUACAAGCAACCGUCUCUACAGACGCAAAAUAACUGGUGCUAAAUAACAGUUCUCAGCAAUCACUUUUAAGACAGAGUAUUUUGAGACCUUGUGUAACAUAUUUCUUUUUGGCACUAGUGGUUGCUUUUUCGAUUCCAGUUUGUUGCUUUUGCUAUUGGUAACAUCCAAUGGUUCAAAAAACAUUAUUUUUGGAACGGAAUACUAGUUUGAUGCCUGAUAUUGCUCAUUUAAAAGACAUUACUUUUUAAAUUUUCUUUGCAUUUUUAAAAGAGAUAAAGAAAUGGAUAGAAACAGCAAUUGGACAGAAAAAAAAUUAAAAAUUUAAAAGCUGUGUAAGUCGAAUGUUAUGGAAAAGUUAAUUAUAUUUAUAAAAUGCCAUUUCCGGAAAAUUAUGAAACUUAUUUGUUGCAAUGCUAUCGGUAUAACCUAGAUGAUGACAAUCAUAUAACUGCCAUCACCUUUGCGAAAAUUAGAAAAAGCGACACAGGUUACUCAUUGGCAAAAUGGGUGUUGUCUAAUUUUUUUUCCAGUUUGAAC